AUGUAUAAUAAUAGUGAUGAUGACAAUGACGAUAGUUCAUACGAAUUUAAAGAUAAAUAUGAUGAUAUUUAUUCAAAGCUUUCAGAAGAGGGUCAAGAUUUUUAUUUUAUAAAUGAAAUUGAUAGGAUCGAAAAACCAACUCCUCUAGAAUUUUAUAGAGAUUAUGUUUCACAGAAUAAACCAGUUAUAAUUAAAGGAUUAAUUGAUGAUUGGAAAGCAUUGGAAUUAUGGAAUGAUGAAUAUUUAAAAAAAGUGUUAUAUAAUGUGGAUGUAUCAAUCGCAGUAACACCAGAUGGAUUUGCAGAUGCAGUUAAACCAAUCGAUCCAAAUAAUUUAGAUAGCGAGCAAGUGUUUGUAAAGCCAUUCGAAAAAAAAAUUAAAUUUCAGGAAUAUAUAAAUAUUACAGAUUCAUUGAAUCAAGAUGGAACAUCAAAAGAUGGUUUAGUAUACUAUAUACAGUAUCAAAAUAAUAGUUUUAAUUUAGAAUAUGAAAGGUUAUGGAAGGAUAUUUCAACAUCAGUUUCAGAUUUUGGUAAACAGGUAUUUGGCGAAUUUGAAGUUGAUGCUGUUAAUUUCUGGAUGGGUAUGUCUAAUGCAAUUUCAUCAUUACAUAAGGAUCCAUAUGAAAAUCUAUAUGCAGUAGUAAAAGGCACAAAAAUAUUCACUUUAUUACCACCAACCGAUUAUCCAUUUCUCUAUGAAAGAGAUUUUAAAUCUGCAACAUAUGUAAAUGAAGUAUCAUCAUCAUCACCAUUUCAUCUGGUUGCUAAAUUAGAUGAACCUUCGUUCACAUUACCAUGGAUACCAGUCGACCCAACUAAACCAUUGCAAGAUAAUAUUAAAAGUGGUUAUCCAUUAAUCGAAAGAGCACAUCCAAUAGAUAUUCAAGUACACGAAGGUGAGGUUUUAUACUUACCAUCACUGUAUUACCAUAGAGUCGCACAAAAAUCCAACCCAUCAUCUGGUUCAAAUUCAACUAUAGCAAUUAAUUAUUGGUUUAAUAUGAAAUACAAUUUAAAUUAUGUUUAUUAUCAAUUCCUAAGAAAUUUAAAGAAUUUUAAUUUUACAAAGAAAUAA